AUGGCGAACCGACGUUCAGUGAGACCAAUCUCGUCAGAAAAUCCAAGAGGUGAUACAGCAUUUAAAAAGAAAUACGGUCCUUACCCAGGAAGACCAAACGAUAGGCAUAGUGGAAUAUCGCCUAUUCUACCAUUCAUUUCAGCAGGCGGAGUUGCGAGAGCCGAUAGGAAUACUUUACGACGGGAAUAGAAGCAGAGAUCCUCAUAUUAAAAUUUUACAGCUAAAGAGUUGCUUGAUUUGGAUGCGAAUAUAACGUCGACAAGAUCAUUGAAACCAAGCGAUUUGAAUGUUCCAAUUCAACCUUGCUUCAAAAGGAGCCAUUGGAGCAAAACGGGUCUUAAUCAUGAACCAUAUCCUCUUGGUAAAUUAGGUUCUGGAAAAUGGGCUGCUGAUAAUGAUGUUGUGUGGGAAAUAAUACAACCAACUCUUCAGCUUGCCUCAUUGUUGUUAGAAAACAUCCACUCCGAUUUCGUAAAUCCACCUACCCGACUUUGGAAUUUUCUGACAGUAGGCAUAUAGUUUGAUACUCUGUUACAUGGCCCACGAAUUCCAAUUGAUCCAAAUAGAUUUCCUGACAAUCCACCGUCAUGGGUUCCCUUAAGCAGUCUACAUUUGCUUCGCUCCUUCAGAUCAAGAGGACUAGAUCCACAGGACCCCGCUCUUGAAAAGAGCAGGAAGGAUCUGGUAUCAGAGCUAUCGAGUAGUACCACAUUUAAAUUCAAAGAGAACUCCGAUACUUUGUCUUAUAAUGCCCGCACUAAUACUGUAAUACAAGAAGAUGCAAACGGCAAUCGUUUCCUUAAAAACCAAAUCGUUCUAAGUCACAAAAAUUACGAGCCUUUACUUCGUCCAAACGCUACAGCGUCCGAAAGGUUAGGGUACCAAUGGAGGACUGCCGUAACACUCACUCAUGAAUGGUGAGACUCAACCUGUUUCAUGCUACAUUAACACAUAUUGAUGUCUCUUUUUAGUGCGCACGCAAUGGCAAAUAUAGCUAAAUUCUAUCAAAGGACACAGACGAGAGUUUAGCGACUUGGGUUUCGAAUUCGACCCCAGAGGUGAGUAACGUAGACAUUCUUCGGAUUGAUAAUCACUAAAUAGCGAAGGUAUAUUUCGGAAACCACUCCAUCCAAGAACAUGGUUUCUUAAUGGAGCAAUUUGGUCUUGGGGGCGUUACGCGUGCAGAGAAAAAUCCAAAAGGCUCGUUAUUCCCCACAGUAGCAUUUUUCUGGACAGAAUGGCCAUCUGUAUAUUGGGUAAACUACGUAUCCAAUGUUAUUCUAAAAACUCCUAUUCUGAGCUCGCGCUACCACUUUUAUCCAGUUCCAGUAAAGCAUUUUGAAGAUGUUCACCAGAUGGAUUUCUGGAAUUAUAUGGUCAAAACCUUCGGUCCCUUGAUGCUUGGGCUUAGGUCCCUUACCGUAAGGACCUAGGUCACUCAAGUCCCAUCCCUCGCAGCGGAAUCACUCCUAAAUGUAGAUGCUGGUAAAUCCGAGGGAUCUAAAUGGAGAAGUGCGCACGCUACUUUAAAAUCAAAACAGAAUAUGAGUGCAGAGGAACAAAGAGCUUGUCAAGCUGGCGAUGAAUUAAUUAAGCGCGCGAAAUUGAACGAAAAGUUUUUCUUCAGCAGCACCAAACAAAACGAGAAUCUUGACUGUAUACUCGAUUAUAACGGAGGUCUUAAAGAAAAGCUUCAACUUAUUGCUACUGCUGCCUACACUACUGUAGCUACCACAGGGCAGCAAUCUAUGCCGGCCGAUCCCGCAGAAGCGAUAGAGGCAUUAAUGCAGAUUCAGUAUGAAAUGCUCUUAAGUGCUGCGAGAGUUCACUGUGAUGCUGUUGACUCUUAUUUCGCACUGACAAGUAUUGGAAAAGUUGCUCUCGAAGUUAAAACAAAUCUAUUGAUGUUCAACCAAGGACUUGGAGGAUUCGCUAGAGAGCUAGCCGCUUGCUGGACUACAGAAUUGAUUACAGAUUAUGAAUAUAUAGAUGAAAUCCUAGAAUUUAGGCGACAGAUGUUAUAUUCACCUAACGAUAAAUAUUCCAAGAAAUUCACCAUGGAAUAUAAAGAAUUUGGAGACCUUGAUGGCAUUAUAAACGCCUAUAGUAAGCUAGAUACCAAUCCGGAGCAAUCGAAAUCUAAUAUCGCCAAGAUGACUAAAUAGUUUGAUACACGAUGGGGAAGUUCUCGAUACGGCAGGAUUUGCGCAAAGAUCAUGAGCCUAGCUACCGAUAUAGCAACGGGAGGAACCACGGAACCGCUGAAUACCAUUAAAAAAUUCGAAAAGUUAAUACAAGCGUUAAUAUUGCUAUUAAAUGGGGAAGAUGACAAAUCUUGUGAUUCUUGGAAGAAAACACUAAAUACUCUGAUACAACGUAUGCAGGGGAUUGUGGGGGACUUGCGAAAGAAAUUUUUGUUGUCGUUGCCUGUGGAUGAUACGGAUAUGGAGGGUUAUAAUGCUUUGGCUGGGGAUGAUGUACAGAGGGACCAUGAGAUGGGGGAUGAUGUACCGAGGGCUAGUGUGAUGGAUGAUACCCCUGCUUAG